UAUAACAUUCCUUCCAGGGUUUUCAGUAUGUAACUCUAGCCCCAUGGCAAUCGUCGCACUACUCUGCCUCUUCUCUACCAUCGUCCAUCUUCUCCCAUCUCUCCCCAUCACCACCGCCAAAACUCCACCUCCUUACACUCCUACUGAUUAUUUCCUCCUCAACUGUGGCUCCUCCUCCAACUCUACCUCACUCGAUGGCCGACGCUGGGAAGGCGAUUCCAACUCAAUGUUCUCCCCCCGGGACAUUCAAAGCACAUCAUCAUCAUCCAAUGCUUCCAAAUUUGACCCUUCCCUUUCUCAAGUCCCAUACAUGACUGCUCGUAUAUUUGAUCGCCACUCCAAAUUCACCUAUUCCUUUCCUGUCUCACCCGGCCCAAAAUUCCUCCGCCUUUACUUCUACCCUACAUCAUAUUCCAAUCACGACAAAACCAAAUCUUUUUUCUCUGUCACUGCCAAUGACUUCACACUCUUAAGCAACUUCAGCGCCUAUCUCUCCAUCUCCACUACAACUACUUCCACAACAUUUCUUGUCAAAGAAUUCAUCGUCCACGUUCAACAAAAUAAAAAUCUCGACGUAACCUUCAAGCCAUCUCCAAGCUCUUAUGCCUUCAUCAACGGGAUCGAGGUUAAACGUGGGUGGCAAAGAUAUUUCCAACGUUGAUGAUACUGGCAUGUUCCGAUCUUGGAGUCAGGAUGAGGAUUACAUCUUUGGAAAGGCAUUUGGCACCAUGCGUCAUCGGUCCAAUGUCACGAUCAAGUACACUGAGGACACCCCACCAUACACCGCGCCAGAGAUUAUAUACACUACUUCUCGUACAAUGGGUACGGAUCCUAACAUUAACUUGAAAUACAACCUCACUUGGAUUUUUUCUGUGGAUGUUGGGUUUCUAUAUCUGGUUAGGCUCCAUUUUUGCGAGACUCAAUUAGAAGUCACGCACGAGAAUCAACGGGUGUUUCGUGUAUUCAUCUAUAAUCAGACGGCCGAAGAGCAAAUGGAUGUGAUCCAAUGGAGUGGCGGCAAUGGAAGUCCUGUGUACAGAGACUACGUUGUGUUGGUUCCUGGAAAAUCCCAAGCUAAGCAGGUUUUAUGGCUUGCACUCCAUCCAAACAGAGACGUGAUUCCAAAACCGGAUUAUGCAGAUGCGAUCUUGAACGGUGUAGAGAUAUUCAAGUUGAACCAAUCGGAUGGUAACCUAGCCGGGCCCAAUCCAGAACCGACGAUGGUGGGUCCAAGUCCAACAUCCUCAGAACGAGAGAAGAAGACAACGCCUAAAAAUAACCUGUCACCGAUUAUGAUCGUAGUUGGAAUUCCCAUCGGUGCUUUGGUCGCAAUACUCAUUUACAUAUGUUUAUUAGUUCACUAUCAUUGUAGAAGUAAGAGGGCGCAUGAACAAGGUACCGGCUUGUCCAAAUCCUCGUUGGUCCCAUAUUUUUCCAAGAUGCAGAGGUUAAUUGACAAGAACAUUGUAACAUUGCCAUUAGAACACUGCCGUUACUUCUCGAUCGUGGAGAUCAAAGCAGCCACGGAUAACUUCGAUCAACGAUUAGUCAUUGGAGCUGGAGGAUUCGGAAACAUGUACAAAGGGUACAUCGAUGGUGGAUCCGCCGAUGUUGCAAUCAAACGGUUGAAACCGUCCUCAAAGCAAGGGACGCGCCAGUUCUGGACCGAGAUCAACGUGCUCUCCCAGCUUCACCAUGUUAAUCUCGUGGCUUUUAUCGGAUACUGUGAUGAUCGAGACGAGAUGAUCCUCGUGUAUGAGUAUAUGGCAUGUGGGACCCUUCGUUCUCAUCUCUACGGAACUGACAACCCAGCGCUGUCAUGGAAGCAACGCCUCCAGAUUUGCAUCGACACAGCGCACGGGUUGAACUACCUUCAUACAGGUGCGAACGACAUGAUAAUUCACUCCAAUGUGAAAUCCACAAACAUACUGCUAGAUGAGAGGUUGUUGGCUAAGGUUUCGGAUUUUGGUCUGUCGAGAUUGGAUCCCAUAAAGAUGUCCAGGAUCCACUUCAACGGCAUUGUAAUGGGUGGUUUUGGGUAUGUAGACCCAGAGUACUACCGAACGCAGAAGUUGACAGAGAAAUCUGAUGUGUACUCAUUCGGGGUGGUGUUGUUUGAGGUACUGUGUGCUAGGCCAGCACAGAUGCCGAGCCUACCCAAGGAGCAAGUGAACUUGGCCCAGUGGGCCAGAAAAUGCUACCUCGAUGGGAACCUUGAUCAAAUAAUUGAUCCGUGUUUGAGGGGUGAGAUUGCGUCCGAAUGUCUUCACAAGUUCAGGGAGAUUGCGGAAAGUUGCACACGUGAUCAUGGAAUCGAACGACCGACAAUGAGGGAUGUGGUGGGGGCCCUUCAGUUUGCACUGCAGAUUCAAGAGAAUGCCGAGAAGAAUAUCAACAAUAGACGCAUGGUUGAAACUAAGGAAAAUGUUCCCACACAACACUUCACACAGCUCCAUGGACAACUGUCCUGAAUGAUCAUGUUACAU